GUUUUUAAAAUAUUUAUUUUAUAAAAAAUAACAACAUUUUUAAGUUAAAAUAAUGUCGAAAAAUAAAAUAUUACGAUCUAUGAAUGACAGUUCUCGAGUUGAAGUUAAAAGUAAAUUGGAUGCUGAAUUUCGUCGAUUUUCACUUAUUCGUGAUGAGCAUGCUAAGUUUGAAGAAUUUCGUUCACUUAUUGAAAAAUUACAUUGGCUACAAGAUACACAAUUUUUAAUAUCGUAUACAGAUCCGAGAGAUGGUGAUUUAUUACCAAUUAAUAACGAUGAUAAUUUACGACGGGCGUUAAUGAAUGCAAGGCCUUUACUAAGAGUCAUUAUACAACGGAAAGGUGAUAGUUUGGAAGAAAUCAAUGGAUAUGGAACAUUAAGACCAAAAAAUUUAAUAUCAAGUAUAUUAGGAACACCAGGAAAAGUAAAAAAUUUAGCAAUAUCAAAUCCACACGAUUUUCGACAAGUAUCCGCUAUUAUUGAUGUAGAUAUUGUACCAGAAACAUGUAGACGAGUGCGUUUAUUAAAACAUGGAAGUGAUCGACCUUUAGGAUUUUAUAUUAGAGAUGGCACUAGUUUUCGAGUUAGUGGUAGUGGAUUAGAACGUGUACCUGGCAUAUUUAUAUCACGAUUAGUGCCUGGUGGCUUAGCGGAAUCAACUGGUUUACUUGCAGUCAAUGAUGAAGUAUUAGAAGUUAAUGGAAUUGAAGUUGCCGGCAAAACAUUAGAUCAAGUUACAGAUAUGAUGGUUGCAAAUAGUUCAAAUUUAAUAAUUACUGUAAAACCUGCGAAUGAACGGGGUACACUUGCAGCACCACGAAGAGGGUCAUUUAGUCGAACAUCACAAUUAUCUAGUGGUUCUCAACAAUCAGCAGAAACAACUGCACAUGGAUCAGACGAUGCUGAUGAUAGAUUUGAUCAAGAUGAAAUUGUCGAUCUCACAGGUGUAGUAACAUUAGAAGAAACAGAUGAAUUAGCGGGAGGUGCUACAUCAGGUACGACUUCUUCAUCAAUACAACAUCAAACACCUGUGCUACAUUUAUAAAAAAAAAUUUCUUCAGAUUAUUUUAGUAACGGCGUCAAAGACUUAAAUAUAAAAAAAAAAAAAAAAAAAAAAAACACUGUGCACGAUUUUGAAAUUAUUGCAUGAAAAAUUUUUAGUAAGCGCAGUGUAUAUAUAGAUGGCAGUUAGAUACUAAAAAAUAUUUU